AUGACGUUCAUGACUUUGUUGCAGCGCAUUGAAUUGGAACGAGGAAAACGGGAACCUGGAGAAAUCACGGAACUGAAUUUGGACAACUCAAAAUCCGUGGAUAUCGAAGGUCUCACGGAUGAAUAUUCGUCCUUAGAGGUCUUGAGUAUGAUGAAUGUUGGUCUUCAAAGUUUGGCUGGUUUACCUUGUCUUGCCGGCCUAAAAACUCUUGAAUUGUCGAACAAUUUGAUAUCUGGUGGUCUUGACGCUCUGCUCAAAUGUCCCAACAUUGAGCAACUUAAUCUAAGUAGCAAUAAGAUUGAAUCAAUGGAUGUAUUGAUUCCACUGGCUAAGCUAUCCGAACUCAAAAGUUUGGACCUCGGCAACUGUCCUGUCACUUCUACGGAGAAUUACCGUAAAAAGGCUUUCGCAAUGAUUCCGUCUUUAAAAUAUUUGGACGGUCUUGAUGAAAACAACGAGGAAGAAGUGUUUGGAAACGAUUUUCUGAAUGGAGGUUUAGAUGAAGAGGCAGAUGGUGUCGAUGAAGCUGAUGAAGAUGAUGAUGAAGGAUCUGAUGAGGAAGACGAAUGUGAUGAUGAAAUUGGCAUUGAAGCCCUCCAACAAAGUGGUGAACUUGAAGAUGAUGAGGAUGAUUAUGCUCCAGGUGAAGAUGAGGAAGCGGAGUUAGAUGAUUACGACGAUGUGGAUGAUGAAGAUGAAGACGACGUAGAGGAAGACAACGGAGCUAAUCUUUCGGCUGCCAAUGUAAGUGGACCUCGACGCCCCGGCACCAAGCGGCGCCAUGAGGACAUUCAAGAUGGAAAAAAUGGGGAUAAUGCACAGCACUGUGGAACUAAACAUAAGCACACUGAAGAUCAUGCGGAGACUCAUGUCGAAAACGGAUCAACUGCUGAUGAUUAG